AUGGACAUCGGCGGCUUGGAGACGGUGGUGGCCAACUCGGCUUACGUGUCGGCCCGCGGCGGCGGCGGCUCGGGAGCCUCGGGCCGCGACCGUCGGCAGCGCGCCCGCCUCCGCCUGCCCCACAUCACUCAGUGCGAGGACCUACGCGCCCGCCUGGCCGGGGGGGAACCGGUUGGCGGCGGCCCCGGGGUGCAAAAUGGUGUCGGAGGGGGACAAAAUGGCGGCCCCGGGGCGCAAAAUGGCGGGGGACAAAAUGGCGGCACGCACGGGGGCGGCCAUCUUGGGGAGGAUAUUUCCUUCUGGUGGCAGUGCGUGGAGCAGCCAAUCGGGAAGCUGCUGUUCCAGCGGUUCCUAGAAAGGUCGCCGGGAUUGGCUGCAGCAGGGGCGUUGUGGGCGGAGCUAGAGGCCUACGAGAGGUGCGAGGAGGCGGAGCGAGGCGGGGCAGCCGCCGCCCUGCGGGCGCGGUUCUUCACCCCGGGCGGGGCCGAGCACUGCAGCUUCCUGAGUGCCGCCGCCAUGGCACCGCCCACAGGUGCCGCCCCUUCCGCGGAGGCCUUCGGGCAGGCGCGCCGGGAGUUGCUGGCCCACCUGGAGGCCGUGGCCUGGAGGCCGUACCGGGCGUCGCCGGAAUUCGGGCGCUUCGUGCAGUUCAAAUGGUUGGAGGGGCAGCCGGUGGGGGCCGAAGCCUUCGUUGACUUCCGGGUGCUGGGCAAGGGCGGCUUCGGCGAGGUCUGCGCCUGCCAGCGCCGCGCCACCGGCAAGAUGUACGCCAACAAGCGCCUCAACAAGAAGCGCCUCAAGAAGCGCCAGGGUUACGAGGCGGCGCUGGUGGAGAAGCGGAUCCUGGCGCGGGUGCACAGCCGCUUCAUCGUCUCGCUGGCCUGCGCCUUCCAGACCAAGACCGACCUCUGCCUCGUCAUGACCCUCAUGAACGGCGGCGACCUGCGGUACCACAUAUACAACGUGGACGAGGAGAACCCUGGGUUCCUCGAGCCGCGGGCCGUGUUUUACACCGCCCAGAUCCUGCUGGGGCUGGAGCACCUGCACCAGCACCGCAUCGUCUACCGCGACCUCAAGCCCGAGAACGUCCUCCUCGAUGACGCCGGCCACGUCCGUCUGUCCGACAUGGGUUUGGCCGUGGAGCUCAAGGACGGACAGACCAAAACCCGCGGCUACGCCGGGACCCCAGGGACACGGGGGUGA